ACACAUCUCUUGAGUGUGUUCUCGCGUAUGUGUGUGUACAGAUACCACAUCAGUGUGCCUGGCUGUGCGAUAGUUAGAAUAAGAGAAGCUGAUGAUGACAUCCUCACACCCCAGGCUCCUGUGGUGAGGAAUACACUCGAUGCUAAAAAGCUCCUUCAAAUAAACAACUAUUAAAUAAAGAAGAUCUCUAUGGCAGCAAAUCUGACUUUAUUGGACGUUUGAAGAAACAGCUCAUAUUUCGAGAGAAAAGAUGGGAUGUAACUGCAGUUCGGAUUAUUCAGACACUGACUGGAUUGAGAACUUGGAUGAAAUCUGUGAACAAUGCAACUGUCCCAUACCUCCCCAGUCAUGCAAUCCAUACACAGAUCAGCUGAUUCCUUGCCAUUCACAACAUUCACCCCCUAUGUCACCUUUACCAGACAACCUUGUGGAGGCCAUAUACAGCUAUGAACCCAACCACGAUGGCGACCUGGGCUUUGAGAAGGGAGACAAACUCAAGAUCAUCAACAAGGAUGAUCCGGAGUGGUAUCUGGCGGAGUCACUCACAACAGGCCAGCAGGGCUUCAUCCCAUACAACUUUAUUGCUAUGACCACAGUGGAGACUGAACCGUGGUUCUUCAAGAGCAUUUCUCGAAACGAAGCCAUGAGGCUCCUCCUCGCUCCUGGGAAUACGCAAGGCUCCUUCCUGAUACGAGAGAGUGAGACUAUCCAAGGAUCUUACUCCUUAUCCAUCAGGGACUUGGACCACAACACAGGUGAAGGAGUCAAGCACUACAGGAUCCGCAACAUGGACAACGGUGGCUUCUACAUCACAGCCAAGAUCUCCUUUAGCUCGCUGAAGGAGCUUGUCCAACAUCACAUCCGCGAGACAGAUGGACUGUGCACGAAGCUGGGGAAGCCUUGUCAGUCGAGGGCACCGCAGAAGCCUUGGUGGCAGGAUGAGUGGGAGAUUCCCAGAGAGUCCCUGAAGCUGCUGCGCAGGCUUGGAGCAGGACAGUUUGGAGAAGUAUGGAUGGGAGAAUACAAUAAUGACAGGGAAGUGGCAAUUAAAAAGCUGAAGAUGGGCACAAUGUCGGUGGAGGCCUUCUUGGCCGAGGCCAACAUGAUGAAGAACUUGCAACAUCCUCGCCUCGUCCGCCUCUUUGCUGUGGUUACCCAGGAGCCAAUUCUUAUUGUGACGGAGUACAUGGAGAAUGGGAGCCUCGUGGAUUUCCUGAAAACGACGGAGGGAAGCAGUUUGCCCAUGAACACUUUGAUAGACAUGGCAUCUCAGGUGGCAGAUGGCAUGGCCUUUAUUGAGCAGGAAAAUUACAUCCAUCGAGACCUGAGAGCUGCCAACAUCCUCGUGUCCCAUGAGCACAUCUGUAAGAUUGCAGACUUUGGACUCGCAAGACUCAUUGAGGACAAUGAGUACACAGCUAGAGAAGGUGCAAAGUUUCCCAUCAAGUGGACUGCCCCAGAAGCUAUUAACUAUGGGACCUUCUCCAUAAAAUCAGAUGUGUGGUCCUUUGGGAUCCUCCUCACUGAAAUAGUGACAUAUGGACGUAUACCUUACCCUGGUAUGUCCAACCCAGAGGUGAUCCAGAACCUGGAGCGGGCCUACAGGAUGCCAAAGCCCGACAACUGUCCGGACGGGCUUUAUAAUGUCAUGGGCAUGUGCUGGAGGGAAACCCCAGACGACAGGCCCACCUUCGAGUACCUGAGGAGUGUUCUGGAGGAUUUCCUCACUGCCACAGAGAGGCAGUACCAGGAAGAUCCCUGCAUGGGCAGAAAGACAUAGAGACAACUGCAGCCUUGAGGGUGGAUGCUCGAGUUUGACACAUACCUAUAUGAUAGAAUACGAACUGAGAUUUAAUGAAUAAAGGUACUUUAUUUCUGCAUCAAACUUAUCUGAAGUGCUCGACUGAGGAGGGGAGGAGUGAUCACCAUGCGGCUUGAAGAAAGUGAGGACUGGCUGAUGCUCUCCUGGUGCUCCUUUUUAUGUAUAUACUGUCAAACGGCUGGAGCUGUGUUUUACAUUUUCAGUUUAAUAAAUGUUUUCAAAUUCAA